GCCCAGCUGCCACUUGACCCCGGAAGUGCGGCGUAGGUCCGGGGCCGGCGCCGCGGGAGACUGCAGUGAGAGCCUCAGAUAGCAGCAGCAGCAGCAACAAUGUUUCACUUCUUCAGAAAGUCUCCGGAAUCUAAAAAGCCUUCAAUACCUGACACAGAAGCAGAUGGAUUCGUCCUUGUAGGAGAUACAGCAAAUGAGAAAAGAAUGUCAGUAAGAGGUAAACCUUCAGAAGUAGAAGGCAACCAACCACUGGAGACUGCCAAAGAAAACUCAUCCCAUGUGACUGAAUCAGGCUGUGAGAUGGAAAAUAAGACAGGCCAGACUCUGGAGAACACCUCAUUAAUGGCCGAACUCCUGAGCGAUGUACCCUUCACCUUGGCCCCACACGUGCUGGCCGUGCAGGGCACCAUCACUGACCUUCCUGACCACUUACCCUCCUAUGAUGUCAGCGAAAACUUAUCACGCUUUUGGUAUGAUUUCACUCUUGAAAAUUCAGUGCUUUGUGAUUCAUAAUCUUUAUGUCUAUGUGCACCUCAGCAGCUUUCAAAAUUUUUUGCCUGUUUUAUUUAACCUAUUUGAUGUUCUUUGCCAUUGUGCUAUUUAAAGGCCCUGAGCACAGCAAGGAUCAUAAAGCAAAGAAGGUCGUGCUCUAAUCCAUUGCUCUAAUUUUUAGGGUAAGGUCCCUUUGUAUAAUAAUUGAAUUUCAGUUCUACUUUCUUUCCCCCACAUUGUAAAUAUAAAAAUUACACUAUGAAGGUUUUAUGAAAGGAGUAGAUUCCUAUAGUCAGUCUCUCAACAUCUAACACCUUAAUUUAUUUUAGAAGUACUGUGAAAAAGAACUGUGGCAUUUUUUAGUUACCACAGCUCUGAAGUCUAAGCCCAAAGUGAGUGUGAAGUCUCUUCUCUGUAUUGAGGGAAGCCGGAAUUAAUGUUAUUUCCUUU